AACACAGUGUUGCUAGAUUGGUAAUUUUGCCUACUAUAAUAAAUCAUGUUGCUUUAAAAAUUUUUUAUAGUUUUCUGUAUUUUUACCAAUAAUUGUUAAAAAAAAACGAUUUUGUGUAAAAUAUGUAAUGUACCUAAAUCUGGCAACGCUGCAAAUGACAGUUUGUUUCCCGCUUUAAAAUCAUAACAAAUUAGAUAAUUUUUGUUUUUAUAGUUUUAUGUUUAAAAUUGCUAAAUAUGGUUAGAACGGGGGAUGGAGGUGUUAGAAUUAGCGGUGGAAAAAGUUCCAAAAAAGGCGGCGGUGGAGGUGGCUCAAGGUCAGGGACGCCUAGCAAACGUACAGGAGGAGGUAGGAUACAAAAUUAUAUACAGGGACAAUAGAUUGGGGGUAGCUGCUCAAAGAGAAACGCCAACAUGGCAGAAACCAAUCACCAAUUUUUUUAAUAUGCCACCAAAAAUUAAAUUGGAGGGAGAAACCAGUGAAAAUCAAGAGGUUCUUGGUGAAAAUAUGGAGGUUGUAAAUGAAGUCACAAUUAAAACCGAAGUGGAUGAGGAAAACAAGGAAAAUUGUGAAAAUUGAUAUUUUUAAAUUGUUCUGUACAUAAUUUAACGUUUAAUAAAGUUUUUGUAUAAUUUUGUUUUUUGUAUGUAACAAUUUUGCACAUUGAAGUGAACUAAAUGGU